UUAUGCAAAUUUCUUCUUUUAUGUUAAUGCUUUGGGCAAUGUCUGUACUUGGAUAUUUGUACGCUUCUUGGCUUCGUUUACCUCCUUUUCUCUUUCCAAUGGCUUUAAUUUUUAAACACCCAGAACAUUUUUUUCAUCGAAAUUCUCGUUUCUGGCUUCUUAAACAUUGCUUUAAUUGUUUGACGGCUCCUUUUCAUUAUGUUACAUUUUCGGAUUUCUGGCUAGGCGAUCAAAUGAAUUCUCUUGCAAUUUGUUUUCUGGAUCUCCAAUAUUUUAUUUGUUUCUACGCAACAGAAGUUGACUUUUCUGAUGCUCAAUUCCAAGUUCGUACCCUCAACAUAACCGAAGGCCCCGUUCCCUGGGGUUAUGUUGAUAUCAAUACUGGCCAAGAUAUGUGUGUUGCUUCUUCUGGAAUUCGAUCUCUCGUAUCAGUCGUUCCAGCUCUCGUUCGUUUUUUGCAAUGUAUUCGUCGUUAUCGUGAUACUCGAACUUGGCAUCCACAUUUGGUUAAUGCAUGCAAAUAUGCAACUACUUUUUUGGUUGUUGGAAGUAAUUUAUUAAGUAAAUGGUGGUCAGAUGAUACUUCUAUUUUCUUUUAUCUUUGGGUGGCUUCUUAUAUUUUUAGCUUUACAUACACAUUUUUGUGGGACGUAUUUAUGGAUUGGGGAUUAAUUGAUCCGAGAGCACCCAAAGAAGCUCCACUUCUACGAGAAGAAAUGAUUUAUGGAAGUAAAUGGUAUUAUUAUUUUGCAAUUGCUGAAGAUUUUAUUUUACGAUUAACUUGGGUAAUGAAUGUUUCGUUAGCGGAAGCAUGGAUGUUACAAGGAGAUUUGCUUGUUUGUAUAUUGGCUCCUUUGGAAGUAAUUAGGAGAUUCAUUUGGAACUAUUUUCGAUUGGAGAAUGAGCAUGUAAACAAUUGCGGACAAUUUCGAGCAGUUAGGGAUAUUACAGUUAAACCUAUACGAAAAGGUGAUUUAGAAUCUUUACUUGCAAAAAUGGACAAUCCUGAUGGUGUUACACAUAGAGGACAGGAUUUGCGUGAAAGGGUUAAAAAGCAGAAAAAAGCUGCGCGUGAAAAGAAACAAAUUUUGAAAAAGAAUAGAAUGACUAGAAUUAGUUUACCGAUUGCUCCGAAUUUCCCACAUGCACAUACACAUCCAAUUUUAGUUGAAAGUAGACAAUAA